AUUUCGCUUAUCUUCAGCAGGUAUGGCACUGGAGCUAUUCCUGUAUACAACUACGUGUCUUCUUGUGAGAAUCCGAUAACCUGGAGCGACUUUAUUAACAAGAACAUUAAGCACAGCUGGGAGGUACCAUUUGAUAAAGCAGUGUGGAUGGUUAAUAUCAACUUGAUACAUGAGCACGCCUUGUACAAAUUGUAUGCAUUGCUGAUUCACCUUCUUCCAGCACUAGUGGGAGACAUUGCACUGAUUGCCUUACGAAAAAAGCCUACGUUGUUGUCGAUUUGCAGGAAGAUAAACAAGCUUUCAGAUGCCACUUCAUACUUCAGCAAUCGACAGUGGACGUUUUCUAACCAGAAAAUUAUUCAUAUGUGGAAAAAUCUCAGUGAAGACGACCGA